AUGGAGACGUUGAAAACUAAAAUUGACAUGGACCAAGACCAGUACGCCGGAAACCAGGAUCGAUUGGAACCCCGUAAUAAAAAGGAUCAUUUAGUGACAACUCUUGGUAAAAAUAUUAUUGAUGACUCCAAAUUUGGUUCCAAUGACGAUUCACUGAUAGAUGAUGGUGACAUGACAAAUAAAAUCAAUUAUUCCAAUUUCCACCAAUUGUUUAUUGGUAAUUUGACUUGGUGGACAACAGAUCAAGAUAUAAUGGACUCUAUAAAUGACGUCGGAGUUCAUAAUAUCAUUGAUAUUCAAUUUUUUGAAAAUCGAGAAAAUGGCCAAUCAAAAGGUUUUUGUAUUGUUACAUUAGAAUCAGAGCAAAGUUUAAAUCGGAUUUUGAAGAAAUUACCAAAUAAACUUAUUCAUGGACGAAAACCUGAUGUUACAUAUCCAUCAUCGAGUGCAUAUUUUAUGUUUGAAUCAAAAUCAGAAACUCGGUUUUCCCUUUCAUCAAUAUAUCAAAACAUAUCUUCUAUGAAAGAUAUGUCUAGAACUCCUAACAAAAAGCCAUUAAAAAAUUCAUCAGUAGGUAAGCCUUAUCAUACUAGAAUGCCACCAAUGUCUGUUUGUAUAAAAACCCACCAACAGUAUCCACAAAUCACAGGUUAUGAAAAUCAAUGGAAUAGAUCAUAUCAACAAAAUAUGGGUAAAUCAUUUGUCACACCAGAAAAAUGUCUAAUAGGAGUUGGGGGUACACUUAGUCAAACAAAUCAAAGUUAUCAUUGUCAAGCACCAGUUAAUCCUUCAAUAUCCAAUCAAAUCAGCACACCUCUUACAUAUUCUAAAAGCUAUUCGUAUAAAGAUUAUCAUCCUUCCUGUACAAACUCUUAUCGAUCUCAAACAAAAAUGACAGAAUCAGAAAUAAAUUAUAUUAUUAACAGGAAUAGAAUUGUGUCUAGUUCUGCUAUAGCACGAGCUAUAACUAAUGCUAGUAAUGGUGAAUACUUUAGUGCAAUUGAAACUUUGAAUAUAGCCAUAGCAUUGAUCGAAGAUUCUAAGGUGUCUUACGACGAACGCAGUAAAAUAUUAGUGUGUACGUUGUAUAACACAAUACAUGGAAUUCAAAACAAAGUGGUUAAGAAAAAGAAAGAUUUGUCUAGAUCACCUUCGGAUAGAUUAUAUAAGAGGUCAAAACGUGAACACAAUUAAUCUAAUUAAUAGGUAUGAUUACAUGGUUAGAAGGUAUACGACGAAGAUUAAAAACUAAAAAUUACAAUUAGCUUUAAGCAUAUUAUAUUAUAUUGUAUUAUAUUUGAUUAUCUCAGGCUA